AGUUCGUAUCGAGCUUUGCUCGAGUUCUCCCGUGCGUCUUUGUCCCAUAACCAAAGAAAUAAUUUUAAUAGUGCAACAAAAUGGGAGUCAAGAAAAAAGAAAAAGAAAACAAAACUGCGGAACCUGAAAUUUGUGAUGAGCUGAGAUUAUCCUACUUUCAAAUCUUUCGAUAUGCAACGUGUCCGGAGAUACUGGCUACGGUUCUAGGCCUAAUAUUUGGUUUCGUGAGCGGUGGUGGAAUCUGCUAUAACCUAGCGCAAUUCGGGGAGCUAAGUACAGCAUUCGUGGAGAGAACAAAAUAUCCAGAUCGGUUAUCUAGUAGAAUGCCUCUGACGUCAUUAUUCGGUGGUGGACGGAGAUUAGUGAAUGCAUCCUACGAAGAGAAUAUGAACGCUUUAGUAGAAGACGGCAAAAGUAUGGCGAUCGGUAUGUUCCUCAGCAUAAUACUAUCACUCAUAUUGUGCAUGAUGUCCACUGCACUCAUCAGCUGGAGCGCAUUAAGGCAGAUUAAACGAAUAAGAAUAAUAUUCCUCACGUCGGUACUACGUCAAGACAUGGCGUGGUAUGACACAGAAUCAGGGUUCAAUUUGGCGUCAAAAAUGACUGAGAACAUGAUGAAACUGAAGGAGGGUUUCGGGGAGAAAUUGGCAGUGGUGGCCAACCUGGUAGGCACAGGUGUGAUCUGUCUAGGAGUAUCUUUUCCCCUCGGAUGGGAGCUCACACUGGCCUGCUGUAUCGUCGUGCCGUUUUCUAUUGCUGCUUCUGUUAUACUAUCAAAUUAUCAAACCAACUCAUCUAUCAGGGAAAUGGAUUCCUACAGUCAAGCCGGAAAACAAGCGGAAGAAGUCCUCAAGUCAGUUAGAACUAUAGUGGCCUUCGGUGGAGAAAAUAAGGAAAUCGAGAAAUAUAGAAAACUCUUGGAGCCAGCCGAGCAAUAUGGACGCAAAAGAGGACUCUAUACUGGUCUCGGUACUGGUUUCAAUUGGAUUCUAACGUACUCGUUGAACGCAAUAGGUUUGGCAUAUGGGACGAGACUGGUCUUCCAAGACUUCGACAAAGCUGAUGGGGAAAGGAAAUAUGUCGUAGGAGUCGUGUUUACCAUAUUGUUCAGCGUAUAUAUGGCGACGCAAUCUAUCACAUUCUGCGUGCCUCAUUUUGAAACUUUUGCCGCGGCGCGUGGAGCCGCAGCCACCAUAUUUCAGUUAAUAGAACGAGAGCCAAAUAUUGACAGUCUUGCAAAAUCUGGCUCUUCACCUAGACGAGUCAUCGGGGAGAUAUCACUCGACAAUGUACACUUCAGCUAUCCAUCUCGACCGGACGUCAAGGUCUUGAAAGGACUAUCGCUACAUGUUAAACCAGGAGAAUGUGUGGCUUUAGUUGGUUCUUCAGGAUGCGGCAAAAGUACCAUUUUACAACUCAUACAGAGACUUUAUGACCCACACUCGGGAAUAGUGAAACUCGAUGGGAAAGAUUUAAAGAAUCUCAAUUUGAGCUGGCUCAGGUCUUCGUUGGGUGUGGUAGGACAAGAACCAGUUCUAUUUUAUGGAACGAUUCACGACAACAUCAGCAUAGGAUGUCCUGAAGCGACCAAAGAGGAGAUUCAAAGAGUAGCCGAAAUGGCAUACGCGCAUGAUUUUAUUAUAAAUCUACCAAACGGUUACGAUACUGUCAUUGGUGAACGAGGAGCUUCUCUCUCUGGAGGUCAGAAACAACGUAUCGCCAUAGCCAGAUCAUUGUUAAGAGAACCAGCUGUUUUAUUACUAGACGAAGCAACAUCUGCACUGGAUCCACACUCAGAGAAAAAAGUACAGGCCGCUUUAGACAGAGCAAGUUAUGGACGAACCACAGUUACUGUAUCUCAUAGAUUAUCAACUAUUGUCAAUUCCGACCGAAUUGUUUGUAUGGAUCAAGGGCAAAUAGUUGAACAAGGAACUCAUGCUGAAUUAAUGAAAGCAAAAGGAUUUUACUACAAACUAGUUACUACUGGAAAUGAGAAUCACGAACCAGAUGUGAUUGAGACGUUGCCGGAGGAACCAGAAGAACAAGCAUGCGAAGAGGAUGGUAACGAAGUAGUACUUGCACCCAGAAUAGAUGUAAAGAGACGAUCCAACAGGAAAAUAUACAGACAUCAUUCAACCAAGAGAGAAUCCCAUGACUGGAUGACACCUCGCGGAUCUAUAAGCUCUGUAAUGUCAACUGGCUUGCAAAACUUCGUGUACAAUGCUGACCUUGAAUCUGAAAAUGAGGACGAAGAUGAUGAGGAAGUCAAACCUGUGAGUGACUGGGCGUUACUGAAAUUGAAUGCACCAGAAUGGCCACUAAUAGUAAUAGGCUCAUUAGCUGCCUUCAUUCAAGGUGCUUGUUUUCCGGUAUUUGCUCUGUUGUUCGGUUAUGCUUCAGGCAUAUUCGUCCUGUCUAAUGUUGGUGAAAUCAUUUACUGGGCUGAUUUCUAUUCGGGAAUGUUCGUCGUGGUGGCUGCGGUCGCUGGCACAUCUAUGUUCUUACAAAGUACAACAUUUACCAAUGCAGGGUUAAAAAUGACGUCCAGAUUAAGAUACCAGUACUUCUCUGCGUUGUUAAAACAAGAAAUCGGAUUUUUCGACAAAGACAGCAACACAGUAGGUGCUCUUUGUGCACGUCUCAGUGGUGAUACUGCUGAGGUCCAAGGCGCGACUGGGUUGAGGAUAGGACUGAUCCUUCAAGGCAUAAGCUCUGUAAUGGUCGGCUUCAUCAUGGCUAUGUCUUAUAACUGGAAACUGACUCUAGUAGGCACGGCGUUCCUGCCACUGAUGGUGGGCAGUAUUUGGCUAGAGGGUAUAGUCUCACAGAAGUCCCAAUCAGAUGAACGCGAGGCUAUGGAGCUAGCUACCAGUGUCGCCACAGAAGCCGUCGUCAGUAUCAGAACUGUACAAAGCUUAGGUAUAGAGAACAUAUUCCUAGAGAAGUUCAAAGUGGCUCUCGAGAUAUCUUGCAAAGCUGUGGCGAAGAAGACUCGAUGGCGAGGAUUGGUAUUAGGGCUAGGUAUAUACGUACCUUUCCUUUCCUACUGUAGCGCCACAGUAUAUGGUACCUGGUUGGUGGCCAGGGAACGCUUAGACUACAAGAUUGUAUUAUUAGUUAACGAGGCUGUUAUGUAUGGGGCAUACAUGUUAGGUCAAUCAUUAGUGUACGCACCAAGUUUCAACUCUGCCAAAGCAUGCGGAGCGAAGAUUCUUGCAAUUAUAAACAGACAACCGAAAGUUAGAACUGAAGACGGAGUUAGAGACAAACGAGAAUGGAGUGCCACUGGCAUGUUUAGCAUCAAAGAAGUAGAAUUCGGCUACCCCACACGCCCAAACCAACGGAUCCUCAGAGGUAUCGACUUGAAAGUCGAAGCCGGCAAGACAAUAGCUCUAGUAGGCUCCUCUGGCUGCGGAAAAUCUACAAUACUCCAACUAUUGCAGAGGUUCUACGACCCAGACACUGGAAACAUCGAGCUGGACAAUGUGGAUACUCGUAUGGGUCUAACAUUGCCGCGGCUGCGGAGACAGUUGGGCGUGGUGCAACAGGAGCCAGUACUGUUCGACCGCACAUUGGCAGAGAACAUCGCGUACGGUGACAACAACCGCAAGGUGACAAUGCACGAGAUCAUCGCUGCGGCUAAAGCAGCCAAUAUACACAACUUCAUUGUGUCAUUGCCAAAGGGUUACGACACAAACCUCGGUUCUGGUGGCGCCCAACUAUCCGGUGGUCAGAAACAACGCGUUUGUAUCGCACGCGCUCUCAUCAGAUCCCCUAGACUCCUACUGCUAGAUGAAGCCACGUCAGCACUAGAUGCUAACAGUGAACGGGCUGUAACUGAAGCAUUGGAGAAGGCGGCUAAAGGACGUACUUGUAUAACGAUUGCACAUCGUCUCUCAACAAUAAAGGACGCCGAUCUAAUCUGUGUUAUGGAAAAAGGUAAAAUUGUCGAGAAAGGCAACCACGCGGAACUAAUGAGCCUGAAGGGACACUACUGGAAAAUGUGCAAAGGGCAGAACGUAGCAUGAACAAUCAUAUAGAACCAGGACCGUCUUAGACUACGCUGGGGCCCUUGGGCACACAAGAAUUCGGGGCCCUUUUGGAAUGUAAAAAUAACGAAUCGAACUAAACAAUUUUUUUUGACUAUGAUUUGCUUUAUUAAUAAGAAUUAUAUUAUAAUAAUACAAUAUGUCACUCAUAAUAUUAGUGUAUAUGCCGCUGUUUAUUGUGAUUACGAUAAUAAUUUCUUUAGAGGUUUCUGUUGAGCAGAAUCUUCUAUUAAAUCCUCAAACUCAAUUUUCUGAAGAAUAUCACUCUCUUUGCUAAAUUGACAAAUCAUUUAGUCGCUCUCGUAAUAUUGUUGUUCGCAAUUCAUUUUUUACUCUCUUAAGGCGUGAAAAUUAACACUCCCCACUACAAUUGGUAACCAUUAGACAAAGGAAUAUUCUUGUAGCAACUUCAACAUUUGGAAAAGUUUCUUCUUAUCAGACUUUUUAAGUUAUGUAAGACUGAGAUAUUAAAUUUAAAAACUUCACAAGUGCAACAAUUCUCGUAAGGACAUUUUUCCAAUAGUUAACUUCUAUAUUAUAUCGGGACAACAACUCACUAUCAAUUCGACCAGUAGUUUUCAUUCUUGUAACAUUAUUCAUCAUAAAUUGGCUGUGUCGCAACUGUUCUCAUGCUCCAUCAAUAAGUUACUUAUAUGUUUCCAAUCCUUAUAUCCAUUUGGAGAACUCAAAUUAUGUCCAGUACCAAUAGUGUUAUUAAAUAGACCAGAGACUAUUCGUUAAUUUACGGGUAAAAAUAUUUUUUGUCGAGUAUGCUAAAGGUCGUGGGUGCGAUUCCCAUCUCAGGAUGCCAGGGACCAAGCAGAUUUUUUAAGCAUUUUGUAUUAAGAAUAAUGACCAUAUGAAACUGGAAAACUUGUAGAAGUUCCGAAGAUGUCACAGUGUUUAUUUUGGAAAAACUGGCCCUUUUCGAAUCCAAAUAGUACAGUUUUUUUCCGUUAAAAUAUCGUUACAGUACGUACCAGUCAUGAGAUACAGAUACACUAUCCAAGUUUGCAAUUAUUAAUUCACAAUUGCUUGAUGUUGAGGAUUCAGAAUUUGAUGUACGUUUGUCGUUUCCGUCACAAGUAAUAACCUCUUUUUCCUAGUGAUCUUUAGAGGUAUUAUCUUGAGGUGAUGAUGAUGAUUCCCCAACUUAUUUAUUUCUUCCACCGUAAAAAACGAAGUAGGCUUAGGAAGUUUUUCACUGAUUUCUUUUGAGCUAUAACUUUUUUCAGAAACUAUUAUUAUUUUUGCAAACUUUCAAAUUAC